AUGGAGCCGAGGGCGGGUGUCACCAAACAGGACAUUCGUGAAAAAAUCUGGGACUUCAUGGAAUCACACAACUUAGCUGACUUUCCUCGACCUGUUCACCACAGAAUCCCUAACUUCAAGGGGUCUUACGUGGCUUGCCAGAACAUCCAACAGCUAGAAGCUUUUGCCAAGACACGGGAAGUGAAAGUGGACCCUGAUAAACCGUUGGAAGGUGUUCGGCUCUUGGCACUGCAGAGCCACAAGACGCUCUUGGUCCCAACACCACGACUGAGGACAGGCUUGUUCAAUAAGAUCACACCCCCUCCUGGGGCCACAAGAGACAUCCUGAGAAAAUGUGCCACCUCUCAGGGCGUGAGGAACUACAGCGUGCCCGUCGGCCUGGACUCCAGGGUCCUGGUGGAUCUGGUCGUGGUGGGAUCCGUCGCCGUAUCCGAACACGGCUGGCGGAUCGGGAAGGGAGAAGGCUAUGCUGACCUGGAAUACGCCAUGAUGGUGUCAAUGGGGGCCGUCUGCGAGGAGACACCCGUAGUCACAGUCGUCCACGACUGCCAGGUCGUCGACAUCCCUGAGGCACUCCUCGAGGACCAUGACCUCACCGUGGACUAUGUGCUCACACCCACCAGGGUCAUCGUGACGGGGUGCCGGCGCCCGAAGCCAAAGGGCAUCAUGUGGUGUAAGGUCGGCCCUGAGAUGCUGGAGAGAAUCCCAGUUCUGAGAACCCUCCACCAGAGACAGCAGCAGGCAGGGAAGGACGUAAGCCUUCAGGGUGAGCAGCGAUGCCUCCAGGAGGCCGGCAGCAAGCACACGGCCCUCUCAAGCACUGUGCGGAGGUCCCAGGAUGCGGUCCGGCCCCUGGAGGGCCCUGUGCCAGCAGCUCACGGCCACCAUCACAGGGAGGGCUCCCCUAAUGCCAGGGCACCACCUGCCGUCACCGUCCACAUCACAAACCUCCCAGCAGGCGCCCGUGUCAGUGAACUGAAGAGAGCCCUCCGUGAGCGUGGGGCCGCACCCCUGCGGCUCACCUGGCUGGGCCCACGGCGGCCUGCGCUUCUCAGCUAUAGGGACCUGGCCGAGGCCGAGCGGGCUGUCACCUGCCUUCAGGGCCUGCGCCUGGGCACAAGCACCCUGCAGGUAGAGUUGGCAGAGCAGCUGGGGGACCAGUGA